CCCAAAUCAGUUUAAUUGAAUUUUAAUCGAAUUGUUAAGAACAAGCGAUUAUCAGCAAUAGAAUCUGUUUAUCGGGUGUAUAAAUUCGUAAAAAAUAGUGAUAAUUAAUUUUAUCGUGAAAACUCUUGUUGAACCUUUUUUUCCUCUACGAGAAAAAGAAACUUUCAAUUCCUACAAAAAUAAAAAAAUAAUUUGGUUCAAAAAUGAGGGUUCCGAAGUAUACAUCCGAUGCCUUUGAUAAUGUUGAAUACGAGGUGCGUAUUACGUACACUCUUGAAACAGAUCGAAGGAUUAUGAGCUUUGUCGAUAGCCUUUGGGGCAUUGAGAUAACCGGUGGCACAGAUCAAUUCGAGCCACUUACCGUAAUUGGUGUGAGCAGAACAGGCCUUGCCCGCAGAGCUGGUAUCCGUUUGGGUGAUGUAAUCACUCAAAUUAAUGAUACUCCUGCCGAAAAUCUGACUUUUAAUGAGGCGCAAGCUUUGAUUCGAAAGUCAGGAAGAUAUUUGAGGCUAUAUGUAAGAGGUGAUGACGAUGCUGACAGCGAUGAUGAAUUCACAGUUGACUUCUGGUUCAAACCUCGCAGACCAUGGAGACGUGAUUUCACACCCAUCCAAUGGGUCUUUCCAUGGAACGAUAGACGUAAACCAAUCUAUCGUGAGUCAAAUUGUUUCAUGGUCUACAGCAGAAUGGAAGAAAAGAUCAGAGCUCGUCGUGCUGUUACCUCAAGAGUGGGCAAUAAGGAAUUGGGACCACCAAAAACAAGAUCGUUGACACCUAGCCCACGUCCUGCCAACCAGCCCGGAGAAAAUCUCUUAAAUACAAUUCUGAAACCUAGAGAUUCACGGUAUUAAAAAGCGAUUAGCCAAACCUUAAACAAUAUAAUAUUAAUGUUCGUGAGAGGCUCUUCCGUAAAAGAAUUUAUUUUUGUAUCAAAACUUUAGUAUAAGUUCGAUUCCAUUAGGUUUAAGAAAUAUCGACAAGACGACAAUGACUGCUCUUAAUUUAACGCAAAUAAAAAAUUUAUAAACA